AUGGUCACCCCAGUAUCGAUUAUAUUUAACCUUGGCAUGCUCGCAGCAGUAAUAUUCUUGGCAAGAUGUUUCGACGAUGAACCACCAAUACGAAAGAAGAUAGAAGAGAUCGUAGCGUUCAAAAAUGUCUCCGACGAUCUUAUCCUGGUGGACGUCAAUAGCUUCGUCAGGGAACAUGGUGAUAAGGAGUCUCUCCGCGUCCGUCCUUACUACCACGACCCUGCUGUGAGGGAUACAAAGAAACACACAUUAGAUUUAAUGAAGCAAGCCAUAUAUGGAACUCAGAUGAGAAUGCGUGACCUGAACGCUGCAAUAGAAAGAUUCAACAAGAGCGUACCUUUUCAAUUGUCCUUCGUCUUCAUGAGAUUGGAACAGCUGAUCAUCGACAUGCGACGCAUCUUCACCCUCGCUCGGAGGAAGGAGAAAGUAAAGAGGAUGUACCAGCACAUCAUCCUCUACGAGCAUCUUGCGAGGAAGCACGUGGAUGUGCUGUACCUGGUACAAUUCGUCAUAGACACACAUGCUGUAGCGAUGAAGGAUAUCGAAAAAUUCUUGGGGCCGGAUGGCAAAGCCUUCAUUCUAGAGAGGCAGCGGCAGAGGAGUGGAUAA